AUGGCCUCCGAUUGUGGUCCCCCAAAAUGCUCUUCCUCAGCUGCUUUAAAAAGCCACUCUCAGCUUUCAGCUUCCAGGGCCCUCUCUGCCUGUACCAGCUGCCAACCAAGUGGUCGUCAAAUCAGCUGGUGCCAGGCUAAGGUCUGUCCACCUAAUGCCUGCCAUCCAGUUUCCUAUCGCUCUCCCAUCUACCUCCUGAACAACUUCAGGGUAUCCUCCUGUGGAGUGAGCUGCGGUGAAGGCAGCUUUGAUAGCAAUGAGAAAGAGACCAUGCAGAUAUUAAAUCAGCGCUUGGCUAACUACCUGGAGAAAGUGAAAAACCUGGAGCAGGAGAACGCCUACCUAGAGUGCAAGAUCCGAGAACAGCAUGAAAAACAGACCCCUAUAGUGUGUCCUGAUUACCUCUCUUAUUUCAAGAUCAUAGAAGAGCUUCAGCAAAAGAUCUUGUGCACCAAAGCUGAAAAUUCCAGGCUGGUCUCCCAAAUAGACAACACUAAAGUGACCGCUGAUGACUUCAGAGCAAAGUAUGAAAUUGAAGUGUCCCAGCGGCAACUGGUGGAAACUGAUAUCAAUGGCCUCCAUCAAAUCCUGAAUAAACUGACCUUGUUCAAGGCUGACUUGGAAGGGCGAGUUGAGUCUCUGAAAGAGGAACUCCUUCACCUCAAACAUAACCACGAAGAGGAAGUGAAUUCAUUACAGUGCCAACUUGGUGACAGACUCAACAUAGAAGUGAAUGCUGCCCCUUCUGUUGACCUGAAUGAGGCACUGCAAAAAAUGAGAUGCAAAUAUGAGACUUUGGUGGAGACUAACCGCAGAGAUGUUGAAGAAUGGUUCAACACCCAGUUGCAGGAACUGAGCCAGCAGGUGGUAUCCAGCUCAGAAGAGCAACAAUACUUCCAGAAGGAGAUCUGUGAUCUGAGGCGCACCAUCAGUGCUCUGGAGAUCGAGCUGCAGGCCCAGCACAGCCUGAGAGUUUCUCAGGAAUGCAUCCUGUCAGAAACAGAGGGCCGCUAUGCCCUCCAGCUAUCCCAGAUCCAGUGUCUCAUUGAGAGCAUGGAAUCCCAGCUGGCCGAGAUCAGAUGUACACUGGAUAGGCAGAAUCAAGAGUACCAGAUCCUGCUAGAUUUGAAGUCCAAGUUGGAGUGUGAGAUCGCCACAUAUCGACAUCUUCUGGAGAACACCGACUGCAGACUUCCCAGCAAUCCAUGUGCCAUGGAAUGUAAGCCUUCACCUUGUGUGCCCUGCAAAUCCCAGACCAUGGAAUGUACAGUCCCAGUUUAUGUAGCAUGCAAUCCUUGUGCACCUUCAGUUUGCAACCUAAGAGCUAAGCCCUGUGAUUUCUUCUCAUCUCUGCCGGGUCUCAUCGCCAGAAUCUAUACCCUCACCCAGGAGUUCCAGGACGGGAAGGUCAUUUCUUCUCGAGAACAUGUACAACCUUAUUUCAUCCCACGCCUCGUAGUCCAAUUUGCCAAGGGAAACAAAGAAGGAUUCAGCUAA